AUGAAUAAAUUUAUUCGCAAAAGCUCAUUAAAUACAUAAGCUCUCAAAGAAUUAGAGAAUAAAAAACUCAAAUAAUACAUAUUACAAAUGGAACAAGACCCAUCACUUUAUGAAACUUUAACAUAAGAAUAAAUAUUUGGUAUUUUAUGCAUCAUUCUCACAAAAUCAUCUUAUCAUAGAACUCAAUCAGAAAUUGAAAUUCUUAAAAAAGCUACCAUACAUAUAGAUUAUUUUUAAAAAUUAAUUGAAAAAGAAUAAGGACCUUUAUUAUGGGAAAGAUGUUUAAGAAAAAUGAGUUAUACAUACCUUUCAUAUGGUCAAACAUUAUUUAAAGAAGGUAUUUAUUAUUAAUAAUUUAAGGUGAUGUUGGUACUACUUUUUAUAUUAUUUUAUAAGGAAGAGUAUCUAUCCAUAAAAGAUUAUUAGUUUAAGAUGAAUUUUAAGAUAAAGAAUUAAUAUAAUUAUAAGAUGGAUAAGGAUUUGGAGAAUUAGCACUUGAAAAUAAUGAACCUCGUUCAGCAUCUGUUAAAGCCAUACUUCCAACUCAUUUAGCAGUUUUAGAAGCUGAAGAUUAUAUGGCUAUCAAAAAAACUGUGGUAAUCCUAAAUUUAUUCAAAAUAAGAUUAACCAACAAAGAUAAAUGUAUUUUGAAGAGUUUGCUAAAUUGAGUAUUUUUAGAGAUUGGAAAUUUGCAAGUAUUAAAUCUUUAUUUGAUGUUAUUAAAUAAAUUAAAUAUGGACUUAAUCAUGCAAUUUAUAGAGAAGGUGAUCCUUCAAAUGAAGUUUAUUUUAUAUAAACUGGAUAAUUUAAAGUAAUAAAUACUUAUAAUUAUUAUAGGUAGUUAAAACAUUAAGAAUUCCAUAAUAAAAUGAUGAAAAUAAUUCAUAAGAUGAUUUACAAAAUUUGAAAGAUCGAUUUGCCUAUUCUAAACCAUGUCUAUCAAAUUCAGACAAAAUAGAUAUGCUCUAUCAGAAAAAGAAAUAUGGAAAUCUUGUCAUAAGAGAUAAUAAGUCAAUUAUGACAUUAAAAUUUGUUGGUGCAGGUGAAAUGUUUGGUGAAUUAGAAAUUUUAAAAUAACCUGACUUAUGUCGAUAAUUUAGUUAUAUUUCAACUUUUGAAUCCAACACAAUCUAUUAUGUAUCAAAGAGAGAUUUCUUAAGAGUAUUAUAUAAUGAUCCUCCAUUAUCUCAAAGUUUGAAUUCCUUAAAUGAUGAUAAACUUAAAUAAGCUUUAGCAUAAAUAAGGGCUUAUGAAAAAAAUUUCAUUGAUUAAACAGAAAAAUAAAUAAUUCUUGAAAGAACUUAAAUUAAAGAAUAAUUAAAUCCAAAACUAAUAACUGAUGAAGAUCUAUAAACAACUGUAUUAGUAAGAAAUAAAACUCAUGUUUCUAAAAUUAGUAGCAAAAAAUAGUAAAUUGAUAAAAAAAUAAGAGAACUUACUUUAACUUUGUAACCUCCUUAAUCUGAUAUGAAUUAUAGUACAUUACUUACGUAAUUAUAUACAUCUGAAAAACAUAGAAGAUAGAGAACUGAGUAAUAAAUAAUGUAGAUUUCUAAAAAAGGUCCUAGAAACAUAAAAACAUCUUUCGAUUAAAGAUUAAAAUCUGAAAUUCCAAUUCAUGAUUCUCCAAAAUAAAAUGUAUAUAUCUGUAAAGUGCUAUCAAAAUUAUUUUCAUCUUAACCAACAAUAAAAACUAAAAUGAAUUAAGAAGAAGAAAAAACCUUUAAAUUAUAAUAAAAAUUCAAUCUAAAAGAAAUAAAAAAAAGCAACGAUUAUAUUUAAGAUAAUUCUCAAAGUUUAUUAAAAAAAUAAGCUACUGAAAGCUCAUUAACUAAAAGGAUACAUUCAACUACAUCUAGAUAAUAAACUAGUCCUACAUAAUCUAAAUUUGCUUAAACGGAUAAAAUAUGUUCUAAUUCUUUUAAAUAGCAUCUCCCUUUUUUUUUACACAAUAAAUAUUUUGGUUUAAUACCUAAAGAUUAAUGA